CACAAACAGUGGACACUAUACAUGAGAGAGAGAGAGAGUUGGUAUCCCAUAUGGUAUCGUCAAGUCGGCCACUUGUUAGACCACGCACGAAAGAACAGCAGUGUGUAUUAUAAAUAGAUUAGCUAGCGUUCAAUCAAUUUAACCCUGCACUCAUAUAGACAUCAAGCCAUGAUGUCGCACUCACGCGCCAAGACGCCGCCGCCUAGACCCACCACUACAGCCCCGGCCAAAACAACACUCAAUGGGGGCGCUCCAGGGGGUCUAUUUGGCAAGAUGAAGCGGUUUGUGAAUACAAAGAUAUUCCACGUCGACAAGACCCCGGACCCCGAGAUUGAGCACAGCAUCGCACAGUUUGAUGAGGCCAAGAAAAGCUAUGUUGAUCUCAGCAAGGCUGCCAAGGCCCUCCACAAGGAUGUGACGAACACCACCACGCACAGACAGACCAUGGCGCAGCUCAUGAAAGUACUCGCAAGAAAAUCGAACCCCAGCAUCACGACUGCUUCUGUGGGAGUCCUGUACGAGAAGAAUGCACUGGCCCUGGGGAAUGCGUCUUUGCAGAGUCAGCGACUGGAGGAGCAACUCGCAACCUUCAUCUCGACUAUGGAGACCACAAUAAGCAAAACAAUGGAGGAUACAGUUAUCUCCAUCAGGCUCUGGGAGCACACGCGAACACACUUCGAUACGUUGCGGAUCGAGUUAGAGUCACCGAGUAUCAGCCCAUUACCAGCACAGGAACAAGACCUAGUCAACCGCAAACAAAAACUCGACGAAGCACGCGUGGUGGUCAAAGUCAAGCUGGAGCUACUGCAGAAGAAUCUGCUGGCCACAAUGGAACAUCAACUUGUGGAUCUUUACUGUGCAUAUGGUAAAUUUUUCGUAGACUGCGCCAAGACCUACACAAGUGAUCCUGAGUUAGGAUCUCUGCAGAAUAGACACCCACGCGCGAACACACCCAUUUCUCAUAGCUACUCGGGAUUGGAUGAGGGAGAGGAUGUCACCGAGAGUACACACCACCGCACACGGGAGAGUAUAGUUGCUGACAAUUUAAGCAGUAACAUUGGGCAGAACAAUGCUACGCCAAGUAGGGAGAGUUCUACUGCGCCUACGUCCCCGUCAAAGCAUGGGCCUGAGUAUACCACUGGAUUCAGUACCAGUGGUACAGCUAUGGUAGUGAGUAAGGGAAGUGCUGGUGGAGAUGAGGAUAAGACUGGGGAUGUUGAUAAUGUUUUUGAAGGUGGUACGCACCAUCGCAGAACACCUUCAGAGCCACCGCGUGUGUCGUUUUCGGUGACACCAGACGCUGUCAUACACGGGGAGGAUAGCGCUAAAGGGGUGCUAGCCGGGCCAAGUGAUAGUGUGCACGGUGAAGUUAUUAAGGAAAGUACUGUACGUGACCAGGGGCUCCAUGGGACGGUUGAAGGUCUGCAGAGUGAAGAUGCGACACUUGGGGAACUUUCUGUGGAUGUACAGGAGACUGACCAGAAUGCAGAUAUGUGUCCACAGAAGAGUAUACACACGCGAGAGUUGACGCCUCCCUGCUCGCGCCUCAGGGAAGGGACAGUCGAUACAGAUGCAAACUGUCCUCCCGGAGCGGAUUUAAGUGGAAAGAUAAAUUCAGAUACUAUCCCCGGUUCACCUGCAGAUGCAGAUCCAGUUGUAGACACCACUGCGUGUAUACAAGUAGAUACAGAUGCGGAUAUAAACAGCUCUAAUUAGCUCAAGUACACGCCCAUCAAGUCCCAUCUACACAGGUGUCGAUGUAGGUACAUUGCAAAACGACAGUUUCAGUUGGAUGUGCACAUUCUCAGGUGCAAGCGCCAGUCUAUAAGUUGAUUCGAAAGCACAGACAAUUGAAUGAAUCAGCUAGAGUGUAACUGCCGAUACAAAUGGUCCUGUUGGCUCAGGUUUGGGCGCAGAUAUAGACGAUUCCAAUAGCUCAGAUGUGACUGCAUAGGUAGAUGUCACCUUGCUGGUGUACAAUCAGAAGGGCCGGCAUCAAGUAACGGGCAUAAACUAUAAGCUGGUGUGAACGCCGCAGGUAAAGUAAUUGUCAGUGCGAGGUGACUAUGAGAAUCCCGGUUCAAUAUUAAUAUACAUCCGGGUACAGAUAAACGUGAAGGUUCGUCUGCGAACCCCCACAUGAGACCUGCAAAGUGACAUGGCAAAGAUGGUUAUGUGCUUGACAACGAGCACGUGGAGACCAAGCUUGAAUAUUAAUAUGCACUGUAGGACCGAUUUGGGGGGAAGAAUUUCCUUGGGAAGUGUUCGCUGGUUCAUGUCUUAUCCCACUCUUCUCAAGGAUUAUAAGGGAGAUGAAACGGGCGCUCAGAUGAGGCGCUCAUGAUACACCGUGGCAGUGGAAUACAAGGUGGACUGAGUACUUCUGGGUGCGAUGUGACCUACUUCUCACUAUGGAGGGAAGUUAACGACAUUGCUGUAUACGUAGUGGCAAGCGGUGCGUGUUUCCCGACCCACAUGAGAGGGGGUUCUUUUCUGACAUUGAGAGGGUGUAGCCAGUCGAGUAUCUCCUUCCUCUCACAACUAUACUGCGUGUGUAUUACACACAUGUACACAAGCAUUAUAGGCACACAAAUACUACACACUCAUAGCACGCGUGCCGCACAGACAUUUGGUCGUGUAUGUUCUACACACACAUUAACUUUGUACACAUGAUUCUGCGCCGCAUGCACUUACAGUUACCGUUUGUGUUUAGAGAGAACAUAAUUGCUUCAAAAACUGCUAUUUAGGGAUUUCGAAUGUUGUGUAUUUUGCCAGAUUGCUACCAUCUGCAAUUCAAAUCGUCUCACGCUACGAAUGCAAUCAAGUUGUACUGCUAUGAUAGUCAUUAAAGCAAUGUCGGAGUACAUAGUGAACUCUAGAUUUGCUCAGAGAAUUGGAAAGGGGUACUUGAGUACAGCGUAGUGUUUAAGGACGCUGACUAUAUGAGAUGCGGAUCACCGCAUUCUUGUUUCGAUUUGGCGAUCCACCUCUGCAACGUCAUUCAAUGCUCAGGCGUGGGCAAUUACCUUCGCCUUUUGCCUUCGCGUUCUUAAGUCUGUUGUAGUGUACGAAGUACGUCGAUAUUAAAGUUUGGACAAAAUCGCGGGGUACAUUUUGCAAAGAUUUUAAAACGAGAAUCAAGGGAAGAACAGGAUGUACACCGACCAUCGAUUAUCAUCACUCAUUGCCACUUUCGCUAAU